AUAGUUGUGUUGGUAUAUAUCUGGAAGGUUAUCAGGUACAAUCAUUAGGGCUAGAAGUUUUUUUUUCUCCUGUUGAGAGCCUAAAUUUUGUAGAAAUAAAUGUCAUAGGCUUUUCUGCAGGGAAAGUUUCUUCGGUGGUGGGAGAGUACUUUCCAAGCCAUGUCAUUCUUUCCUUGAAAGCUCUUAAAGUAAAAAUACAGGAUUCACUCUUGUGUAUUACUGAUGGCCAGUCACACUACAGUAAGACCAUACCUUUUUCCUCAUUUAAAAAAAAAAAAAAAAAAGCCAAGUAGAGAUGUGUUUUCAGUGAGUCAAUUAGUUUUCAUUUUCAGGCUCUGAUCCUGCAAGGAUUCCUGUAUGGAUGCAGGUGCCCUGGGGUCUCAGAGAACUGAGACCUCCAGUUACGUGUAAGGUUUUUGGUUUCUUUUUAAGAUUGAAAAUGUAGAAGUUGUUAAAGCAACAGGUUUUUCUUUUUUUUUUUUUUGUGAGGAGGCUUGUGACUAAAAACUGCUCUUGAAAAAUAGUCUGACUUGAUCAUCAUCAUAUGAAUAAUUAGCAAGUGAUGACAGGAUAAAGGAAGUCUCAUGCUUAAAUUUUAGUCAGCUCAUAUAAAUGCAUACAUUUUAUAUUAUUUGGCUUCUGUAGGUGAAAGCAGAAUUCCAUUUACAAACAUGAGUAAAACCAAUUUACAGACUUGAUUUCUACAAACAUUUGGACAGUGCACUGAAGUGGGAGUGACUUGAUCCCUAUUUUGCACAUUCAAAUAUAUGCCUUACUAAAUAGGCUUGGGGGAAAACAGUAAAUACGCCAGGGGCAAGUAGGAGCCAUCCUUGUUGCGUGGUGCUUAAGAUGUUAAUUUCUGUGGAAUUUUAGCUUUUUUUUUUUUAGUUAAAGAAAAACUUUCUACACCUUAUUGUAAUGAAAAUCAUCUUCCAAAUAAAACAGCGUUCAUUGCUUUCCCCCCCACCUGCAGUAACUUCCAAAAAAAUCUCUGAUGCAGUCUGCAUUUUCCCCAAGCCAUAGAUAAGGAAAAUUGACAAUAUUCUGACCAUUUUCAUUGCUGGUUUUUUGUGUCCCUCCCACUCUCAUAAUGCUAGUAAUUAUUGCUAGUGCCAUGCUUUGCUCAGCUCCCCUAAAGCCCCCUUCUUAAGGGCAGGGGCAUAUGUGCUUGCAUUCACUUGGUAAGGGUGAUCUGAACUGUUCUAGGUUAAUGCAGCAACAUUAAUUUAUGAUGCACAUGGGUGUGGAGAGAUGCUGUUGCUUUCUGCCUCCUCUUUCUAGCCAGGGACGACAGAGAAGUGGGGGAGUAUGUUGCAGAGCUACCACUUCCCUUUCCGUGGCCUAGAUCUGCUGAUUAUUCCUGACCUACACUCAAACCUGCACCAUGUGGUCUGAAGUUAUCAGCCAUGUCAUUUGCUUUACUUUUCUCCAAUGCUGGUUCUGACGUAAAUGCUCUCUAUGUGCGACAUAUUUGCCAGAAGGGUUCCAUGACCUCACAGGGAGGGAAGCAAAGAUAGCAUCUUGACCAGAAACUACAGCUAGGCGGGCUGCACUUCCUGAUAGCUGUAGCAGAUUAUGUCUGCUACCUGUCCUCAAGAUGAGUAGCUUGUACUUACCUGGUUUUUUUUAGGUGUCACUUUCUGGUUUUCCUCUGCUACCCUGGUGUAUGUGGUUAUGUUAGAUUAUGGAAGAAGCAAACAGAAGAUCUGUGAAUGGGCUGCACUUUACUCCAUUCUAGGGAGAAAGCAGGAUCCUCUUUCCCUUGUGUAUCCAAAUGGCAGGCAUAGAAAUUAAAAUGUGGAAACCAACACUGCAGAACUGAUUUCCUACCCUACUCGGAAAUCUAGAUCUUUUUGAUUCUCAUGUGCACUGUCAUCUUUUUUCUUCAAAAAUUCCCCUUAUCUGAACCUUGUGAUCUUCAGCUUUUCUUUCCAUGAGACUAGUGAAGUGAUAAUCAUAUGAGCAUGGGGCAGUCAUUCAGUUUUAGGAGGGCUGUCAUUUCUGGACAGGUUUGCAGAGUGGUUUGAAAAGAACAAACAAAGGUGCAGAAUUUUGUGCAAUCAACUGUGAAGAGGGACUGACUAUACAGAAAAAUCUGAUUGAACUCAUUGUAUUAGGGUUUUUUUUUAUGGUUUUGUGCAGUGCAACCAGAAUUAAUUUCAGGUGAAGUUUAGAAAACCAGAUAGUAAUGGAGUAUAUGAGCACUGAUAGUGACAAUAAAGAGGAGAUUGACUUGUUGCUAACGCACUUAAAUGUGUCUGAUGUGAUAGACAUUAUGGAGAACUUUUACCCAAAUGGAGAGCUGGCAGUUUACGAAGACAGUCUGAUUACUAUGUGUCAAGAAACUAAUCAAAAUGGGGGAUGUACAGAAUCCUUAUUAUUCUGUGGAAGAGAGGUUUCUUUUCUGUCAUGUGUCAGGUACGGGACUGAGGAAGACUUGCUCGCUUUUGCAAAUCAGGUGUCCAACACUGCAAAGCAAAUUAACGGACAGAGACGACAAGAAUCUGGAAUCCUAUUAAACAUGAUCACUCCAAAAAAUGGGCGCUAUCAAAUUGACUCCGAUGUGCUUUUGUUUCCAUGGAAGCUGACCUACAGGAAUAUUGGCUCGGAUUUUAUUCCUCGAGGAGCUUUUGGAAAAGUGUACUUGGCACAAGACAGAGAGACAAAAAAGCGAAUGGCAUGCAAGCUGGUCCCAGUGGAACAGUUCAAACCAUCAGAUGUUGAAAUCCAGGUCCGCUUCCGCCAUGAGAACAUUGCUGAGUUAUAUGGUGCUAUCCUGUGGGAUGAGACUAUCCAUCUCUUUAUGGAAGCAGGAGAGGGAGGAUCUGUCAUGGAAAAGUUGGAGAGCUGUGGGCCUAUGAGAGAAUUUGAGAUCAUUUGGGUGACCAAGCAUAUCCUCAAAGGACUUGAUUUCCUUCACUCAAAAAGAGUCAUCCACCAUGAUAUAAAACCCAGCAACAUUGUUUUCAUGUCAACUAAGGCCGUUUUGGUGGAUUUUGGUCUAAGUGUUCAAAUGACUGACGACACCUACUAUCCCAAAGACCUCCGAGGAACAGAGAUUUACAUGAGCCCCGAAGUGAUACUCUGCAGAGGCCACACGACAAAAGCGGACAUCUACAGCAUGGGGGCUACUAUCAUUCACAUGCAGACUGGCAGCCCACCAUGGGUGAAUCGAUAUCCUCGCACCGCAUAUCCAUCGUACCUCUAUAUAAUACACAAGCAAGCGCCCCCGUUAGAGGACAUUGCAGAGGAUUGCAGCACCAGCAUGAGAGAGCUGCUGGAAGCUGCUCUGGAAAGGAACCCUAAUCACAGACUCUCUGCUGCAGACUUACUAAAACAUGAGGCCUUGCAUCCGCCACCAGAGGACCAGCCACGGUGCCAAAGUCUGGACUCAGCCCUGUUUGAAAGGAAAAGGCUGCUGACGAGGAAGGAGCUGGAGUUGCCAGAAAACAUUGCGGAUUCAUCUUCGUGUACAGGGAGUUCGGAGGAAUCGGAAUUGUUAAAAAGGCAAAGGUCACUGUACAUAGACCUUGGUGCUUUAGCUGGCUACUUUAACAUUGUUAGGGGACCACCAACAUUAGAAUAUGACUGACUCUAGUGAUCUCUUGUGUCUGCUGGUCAGAGUUGGAAAUCUGUCUCUUCAAGCUAAUUUUGUGUAUAACAUAGUGCCUUUUUGAGCUGUAAAAUGUGAACUGCUUUUAACUGCACAGAUGAUUAAGCUAACUGAUUUGUGGACUCUGGUAAAUAUAUCCCAAGCAAUAACAUGUUCCUUGACAGCAAACCAACAAUACGAAGGAGAAAAGUUGGGAAUAUUGUUGGGAAUAUUGUUAUCUGGAGACUUUCCAUGCACUGUGUGUUUUUGUACAUGCACUUUACAUGCUGCGGGCUAUUUACAUUUUAUACAAGCAGAAAAAUCCUUUCAUUGAAAAAAAUUGAAUAUUUGGGGGCAGAUCCUCCAGUGUGACUGAGCUGCACUCACUGUAAGUCUGGCUGGAAAGACUUUGGGCCAUCUUUGGCAAUCCUACCCAAUCUUCAGCUGGCUCAGCCUUCGGCCAAUCUCUCAGGGCAGAUUAGGGCAGCCUUUAGAUUGACAUGAACCAUGCCAACCACCAGUGGGCCUUGGAGCUAUGCAUCACUGGGGCACGGGGGUGUACUGGUCACUGUGUCUUUGUUCUUUCCACAUCAGGAAAAAGUGGGGGUAUGUAAGGAGUUUCUGUGGUGGCUCCACAGCACCUGGAGGUUCUCUGAGAAGGGAGAAUCCUCCACUGGCUGUAGGCCAGCUUUGUGCUAUGAGAGCAGUGCAACCUCCCUUCAUAAGCCAAGCAUUUUGGCCCUGAACCUGCAUGUGAUUCUAAAUGUUAUGUACAUUAGAGCCAAUGCAAGUAUGUCUAGGGCAGCGAUGAGUUUGCUGCCAGUAAUGUUGAGAGAAUUCCUGAUUGUUGUAUUAAUCACUAAUAAGCUGAACAGAAUGCUUUAAAACUGUACAUGUUGAACUGACUUAAUAACUAUGUAUGGGAAAGCAUGUCAAUAGUGACAAGCUGUGUUUACGUUCCUAUGGAAACAAAAUGUAUCUUGUUCUCGCUAUGCCUAAUAUAUCUAAAACGUGAUGUUUUGGAUGAUAGUAAAACUGUGUAAACUACAUAGUUCUGUACAUCCCAUAGGAUGAGAAUGUAAACUUUUAUAAAACUCUUCAGUGCUUAGGAUCAUAUCUCUCUUAAGCAUUUGUUAAAGAUGGCAUACUAUGUAUGUUGUAUGGCAAAUCCCUUAUGAAGCAAGGCCUCAUUUUUAGAUGUAAAUUAUUUGAUGGCACCUAUCCAAGAGAUGAUCUUAAACUGAUUAUUUUCACUUUGAUACCAAUAUGAUUGGAUGAAUAAAUCCAAUGUGUUGUGUUAAGUGUU